GCAGGAUCGCGACUCCGGGAAAAAAAAAACGCCGGGCGCAAUCGGGAACGGGGAACCCUAGGGCAGCCGGCAGCGUCGCUCCGCCCCGGCCGUCGUCGUCGCGCGUCGCCGUCCACUCGCUUCCUGCUCGGGCCUUCGCCCCUCGGCCACGUCUCUGCCCUCGCCCCUUGGUCGGGACCGACGUCCUCGCUCCAUCUAGCAAGCUGAUCAGCUCGACUGCUUGAGCUCGUCCUCGCCAUCGCCGCUUUGAUUUCUUCCUUUCAGCCCGACCCGGCUCAAAGCAGCCAGAUCACGGCACUCCGUCCGACCCUCGAAGCGAUCACCUUCACCGCCUCUCCUCCUCGUCACAGGUGAAGAUGAUUCCGCAGAGCCAGAGCAGCUCCCUGCAGCGCCUUCAACACGUCGAGAAGCGGAUAGUGCGGGUGCUGGAGCUUGCGGGAGCGGUGAUGGAGGAGCUGGGAAACUCCCAUGGCCCUCGCACCGAUGCAGUCAGCGCGCACUGCCGUGAGUUCAUGAUCGCUAUGAAGGAAAUUCAAACGACGUUGCGUGAGGAAAUCAAAAGUGCUUGUGAAUAUCGUCCAUUUGAAAAGUGUGAUUACAGUGCAAGGAUUGCUAAUGAGAUAUGCUGCAAGAAGCUGGAGUAUGUAAUUGAGAAGUUGGAUACCAUGCAACAGAGCCUUGAACAUAUCACUGAUGAUGUUUAGCGAGCUAGCAACAUAUUAGUUCUUUCCACUAUAGCAAGCCUUCAUCAUCUCAUCUUUAAUGUGUAAUUCUGUUGUUUAAGAGGAUAAUGUUUACACCAGAUAUUGUUGGUUAUGUGACUAGCUCUUGUAAUGCUUCCUUAUGUCCAUAUAAGGGGGGCAAUUCUCCUUUUUCCCCCAUUAUGAUUCUACAAUAAUCUUUUGUGGUAUUGUCUACUUUCUAAAUGGGAUCAGGUUUUCUCCAAGUUAAAUUACUCAUACUCUGUGGAUUACUUUCAGCUUUGGGGGUAAUAGAUGAUCGAGGAGUACACUGAAGAAAUGUAGAAGCAUUCUAUCAACUUAUAAUUGCAUAAAGCUUUUGCUCAACUGUAGGACUGUAACUUGUGGUUUGUUUGUCUUCCAUAUUCUGUGACAGUUCUUACUUUAGCUGCCUGCUGAUGCUGAACAACAAUAUUCUUGGCCUGACUCGGAUAGGAGUAACAUCCUUGAGCUUAAAAUCAUGGAAUUUUAAGGCGUUGUAUUUUACUGAUGAGAAAUUGCUCUCAUGUAUUGCAUGGACAUGCGUCAAUUCUUAGAACAUGCGUUUUGGUAAAUAUUGCUAACUCGUUUUCAACGAUUA